AUGCUUAUGGAGCUAGAGACCGGAGUGCUGGGUCGGAAUGAUUUCUUCAACAUUUUCGGAGCCGAGCCCGUCGAGCAGAUCCGAAUUAAGGCCCCCGAACUUCCCGGAAACCUCGAAAUCGCAGUCGAGAAGGCCGCUUCUAUUCUACAAGCUAAUGACAGGUUAUCUGGAGGUCCAAUCUCUCUGCUCAUCUGCGGACCGGCCGGAAGCGGCAAGCGGCUGGUGGCCAGAGGGAUAAGCUCGAGAACGCAUCGAAAUCUGGUGUUUGGGGAUGCGUAUGAUUUAUGGAAUGAAGCGGCCACGCAUACGGAGCAGCGGAUAAAGCAUCUGGUUACGCGAGCCCAAUCCGUCUCCCCCUCCCUCCUCGUCAUCUCGAAUUGCGACGUACUAGCCGUCGAUGGCCAAACCUCAGCUUCCGAUGACCGUAUCCUCGGCCUCUUGGCCUCAGAAAUCAGCCGCCUCACCAACGUGGCAAUCCUCUUUACGUGCCACACGAAAAAGCUUGCCUCCGUCAGCCCUCAAAUCCGGAGCACUGUGCUAUACACGGUGGUGCUGGAGCCGAUGUCGGAAGUGCAUAGGAAGGAGUUCUUUGCCAAGAAUAUGCCAAGAUUGACUUGCCCUGAGAAAGCGGCAGCAUCGACUACGGGCUUCGUCGUGGCCGAGCUGAACGCGUUGACCUACGAUGCGAGGUGUCGAGCGGCUGAAGAGGGGAGGACCUCUCCAAGUUGGCCAGACGUCGAAUGGGCCAUCGACAAGCGCAAUUCGAGCUUUGCCGACGCGAUUGGAGCACCGAAGAUUCCUACCGUAGCCUGGGAGGACGUGGGAGGACUCGACGAGGCCAAGCAGCUCAUCAGGGAGAGUCUGGACAACAACUUGAGGGCUACGGGAGGGCUGCGGAGGAGUGGGAUUAUUCUGUAUGGACCGCCGGGAUGCGGAAAGACGCUUCUCGCGAAAGCCGUCGCCACCGAGUACAAAAUCGCCUUCCUCUCCGUCAAGGGCCCUGAGCUGCUCAACAAGUACGUCGGGCAGAGCGAGGAGAACCUUCGAAAUGUCUUCGAACGCGCUCGCGCCGCCGCGCCCUGCGUCGUCUUCUUCGACGAGCUCGACUCGCUGGCGCCGAAUCGAGGGCGAGCCGGGGAUUCUGGAGGGGUGAUGGAUCGGGUGGUCUCGCAGUUAUUGGCAGAAUUGGAUGCGUUACACCAUGCUACGAAUAAGGUCUUCGUCAUGGCGGCCACCAACCGUGCUGACCUCCUCGACCCCUCCCUCCGCACCCCCGGCCGCUUCGACAAGGCCAUCAACGUGCGCGUCGGAAAUGACGCCACCUCCAGGGCGCACAUCUUGCGCGCGGUGGCGCGCAAGACCCCGCUCGCGCGUGACGUGAAGCUGGAUGAGAUUGCCCCGGUUUGCCCGGACGAGAUGUCGGGCGCCGAGCUGUACUCGGUGAUUUCGAACGCGACGAUGAGCGCGCUGCGCGAGGCGGUUUUUGCGAUACAGCGAGGUGAAGCCACCGAGGAAAACGCCAAUGUUCUCGUCCACCGACGGCACCUCCUCGAGGCCGUCGACUAUGUUCGGGUCCAAAAAACGGCUACAGUA